GUUCCAUUCUUCUCUUCGUCAUUUAUUUAUUCAUCAUCCGUUUUUCAUCUCCAACUUUUUCGUCUCUCUCUUACCCAGAUACCACCAAGACUCAAUUCACUGAAAAAGGAAAUUAUAAAGUGAAAAUGGCGAGCUCAGUGGAAAAGGAGAGGUUAGCGGGGGAGGAACCUCUCUCCGUGGAACUUCCUGCUCCUCCUGGUUGGAAGAAGAAGUUCUUCCCAAAAAAGGGUGGAACCCCGAAGAAAAAUGAGAUUGUAUUCACUGCCCCAACGGGAGAGGAGAUUAAUAACAAGAAGCAGCUGGAACAGUAUUUAAAAGCGCACCCUGGUGGCCCAGCUUUAUUGGAAUUUGAUUGGGGCACGGGUGAGACCCCAAGAAGAUCAGCAAGGAUCAGCGAGAAAGCCAAGGUGGCUUCUGUAGUAGAAACUGAACCCCCAAAGAAGCGCAGCAGAAAAUCAUCAGCUUCGAAGAAAGAUGCUUCCCAUGAAGAGAAGAAGGAGACAACAGAUGUGCAGAUGCAAGAAACUGAUGAACCAAAGGAAGAUACAGUAGUUGAAAAGGUUGCUAUGGACGAAAAUCAAGAUAAGAAUAGAGAAGAGGGUACAAAUGUCAAAGAAGAACCCAUUCAUCCUGUGGGGGGUAAAUCUGAAGGACAUGUUAAUAUAUCUAAUGAUGAGGACUUGUCCAAGACUACUGGUGGAGAGCUUCCGAGCGUGAAAGAUAACCUUGGUGGGAAUGACGCUGAGGCUUCUGGGAAUAAAGAUGAGAAGAGUGAGGGAACAAAACAGGAAGAGAAACUGAGCAACCUGAGGAUAAGAUGAAGAAAGAGGAUGGAUCUGAGGUGCUGAAGACCCUUGAAACAGACAAUAUAACUGAGAAAAAGGUUGAAGUUGAAGGAGAGCUUAAAGAUAUAAACUACAGACCCGAGGAAAAGGAAGGAACAAUGGAAAGCAAUGAAGGAUAUCACAAGGGCAAGGAGGUAAGCAAGAAGGGUGAAGCAGAGGUCACUGAUAACGGCACCAAUGGAAGUGGUACGGGUGAUGUUGGGGCCCUGAGGAACGAAUAAGAUUAAGAAGUUUCGGCUUCACCCCUCUUUGACCCCCUAAGAUCUGUCUUAAGAUGACUGCAGCUUUUGUUGUUGUUAUUUAUCUAAUUGUUCAUUGAAACGAGCACAUACAAUUAUAGAGUAGGCCUAUAAUGUACCAUCCUUCGGUGUAUUAGUGAAGAUGUGUAGCGAUUAGUUCCUGUGUAACAUUAAGAAGUUGUUUCCUGUAAUGUGAUAAGAACCUAUGAUCAUGUAAGACCCUAAAUACUCCGUUUACUUUUACAAUUCCAGCUUGUAUC